AGGCGAAAGAAAGCCUCUUUCUUCACAAUUUCUUGCGAGUCAUUUCAGUUACACUUGAGACAUAGUAUUGCCGCCGACGUGAGUGUGAUAAGACGGCUAAAAAAAAAAAAACACACAAAAAAACAAACAGAACAUACGAAAUAACGAAAAUUUCAAAGAAAGUGUUCUUUUUUCGUCGAAUUUCGCGGGGUUUUCUUUGCUCUAAAUCAAGUUAAUUAAUUACAAGUAGGUAUGUCCCUACUAGCACCCGCUGGCGCAGCUGCGGCCGCUGCAGCUAACAAAGAUGAGGAAAUUACUGUACCAAAAUCGGACAGUUUCUUUGAAUCGAAAACAUUCCGCUUGAUCUCCUUGAUGCUUUACAUGGGUGGCAUUAGUGGUUUGGGCAUGACAUUAGCCAUGUAUUACUUAUUUAUUUGGGACUCACGCAUGCCACCAUUACCGGAGUAUAAGCACGCGCAUCAUGUGGGCUAGGAGAAACGGAGAGGGAAAGCGGGAGAUAGCUAGAAGGAAAAGCGAAUUGUUUGCGGAGGGGGAGCUUUAAUUGUUAAGUUAUAUCCAGAGAAG